AUGCUUUCGCUCCUCCAUCUCUCCUUCUCUCUCUUCUCGAGCGCUACCGGUGAAAUGCAGUCCCUAUUUGGGGGUGCAGACUGCUCUACCUCCUCCAACCCUCUCAAACAAGCUGUCCAAAGACAAGCUGUCGAUCAAAGUCUGUUCAAAGAUCGAUUGGCAGUUGUUCCAAGUGGAUCAGCCCGACCUCUCGUAUCAUUUCCUGCGACUCAACCAGGCCAACCAGGCCAAGCUCACAAAUCCCAACAAGGCCGUCCAUUCGACCUUCAACAUCUAUCCGAUGCACUCGGUCACUCAUCGUCUCCAACACACAUAGGAUAUUCACCGGAUUGGGAAGCCAAAUGGAAUACUGCUUCACCGCGACUAGGCAGCCCUCUCGUGCAUCCAUUACCCCACACUUCUCCUUCUAUCGAGAGACACAACGUACAAACAGCAGACUGGGCGUCAUCCUUCGAUCCUAAUAUCAUCAAGGGCAAAGGGAAAGCGCCAGCAGUCGCACAAUCAUGGCAUCCACAGCCUUCAAUCGGAUAUCAACCUCGCAUGGUGCAACCUUUUCAAACCUUCCAACCCGCCUACAACCCUCAUAUGAUCCAGUCUCUCCCUACACAAGUAUACGAUGUCAAGAAUGAUCAACGUGAGAUGGAAGCUGCCUUUGAGAGAGCAUUGGCCGAUGCCCGAGCAAAUGAUCAGAGAAAAACUCAGGUAGCCCCUCCAGAGGAAGAGUUCAGAGAAGCCAAAGGUGAUUUCGAAGCAGUAUGGGAGAGCUUGCGUCCCGAAGCUGAAAGACUUAAUCAGCUCGCACAAUGGGAAAAUGAGUUUUCUCAGUUUACGCAUGACGAGGAUGACUUAUUCGACGUUCUGAACGACAGCUUGAACAGGGCAGAUAUUGGGCAGUCCACUCUGGAUGAUCAAAUGUCGUUACGAGAGCCAGUCGAACCAAUCGUCGAAACUGACAGGAUGGCUCAAGCUAAGCCAUACGUCUUUGCUGACCCCAAUCCUUAUGCUCGUAUGCCCACCAGACAAGCACGUAAGAGAGCAGAAGAGAUUCUGGAAAGGGGAGGAUCCUUGACGGAAGCCAUACUUCUGCUAGAGCACGCGCUGCAGGAUUAUGUCGAUCCGGAUCCUGCGCAGGCGGAGUUGUGGACAAUGCUUGGACUGGCGCACGCCAUGGACGAGAGAGAGGACAAAGCGAUGAGUGCGUAUGAGAUGGGAAGAAAGGAGUUGGAUAAGAACACCUCGGUGGCCCGGUCUGUUGCGGGCAAGUUGCUCACAAAUCUCGCCAUUUCAUACGUCAACGAAGAACUCGACUUGCCUGCUCUUCGAGCCCUUCAUGCUCAUCUCCUCCAAUUCUCCCAGGCUAUCGCCGGCCCCACACCCACUCAAAAAGAAUUGCAAGACUCGCAAGAUCCUUGGGCACCAUAUCAACGAGUUCUCAAUUCUUAUCUUUCCCUCGCGCAGACGCAAUACGCUCAGCAUGGUGAAGUCGACCCAGAUGUGCAGGUGGGAUUGGGAGUGAUGUAUUAUAUGACGAACGAUUAUGAGGAAGCGAGGUUGUGUUGGGUGGAGAAGUUGAACCGUCAGCCGGAUGACUACCUCAUGUGGAAUCGUCUAGGAGCGACGUUGGCCAAUUCUGGUAAAUCUGAAGAAGCCGUCAACGCGUAUCGUCGUGCUUUGGAAUUAAGACCGACAUUUACUAGAGCCAUCUUCAAUCUCGGAAUAGCCUGUGUCAACAUUGGAGUAUAUAGAGAAGCCGCAGAGCACUUUUUGUAUGCUCUGUCAACCCAUCCGCCGGACGGGAAGGGCGAUUCGACGACCAUUUGGACGGCGUUGAGACAGGCUUUGGUGAAUCUGGACAUGGGACAAUUGGCAGAGCAAGCCAGACCAGGUACUGAUUUGAAGAUUUUCAAAGAAGCAGGAUUUGAAUUCUGAUGGUCACUUCAUGCUGAGGUUGUAGUUCAUUCCAUCAGAAGACGAGAUGGGCAAUGAGGAUUACGUAUAGUCUAAAGAGUGGAGUGCAACUCGUACAGUGAACGAUCAGAUGGGUCAGAUGUAUAGUGAGAUAUGUAGCAAGAUAUGUGUUGUAUGCAUCUGUGCAGAUCAGA